CUCCUAGUUGUAAACGGACAAUCGCGAGGCACGCCAACGAUCCACCAAGUGGUAGCUCUGGAGUAGCCGAAAAGCGAAAUAAACAAAUAACACACCAUUCACCGAUUUGCAACCGACACCAAUUGUUAUAAGUGCGCUGCAACAAUUCAACGAUUGCAACCAAAAAUAAAAUACAAGAAACACAUUAUGCACUUGUGCUCAGUUUGCUACGCUCGCUGAGUUUUAUGGUAAAAGAGCGUACCAAAAUAGUGUGAUAAAACGAAUGAAAUCGGCGUGAAUAAAAUCGUCGUGAAUAAAGAAAACAUUUCUCCACCAUUCGCUGCUGCCGGUAGUGUCAACGGUAUUCGUUGUUAUUGCUGCUACACGAGUGUCAAACAGAAGUGACGAGUUCGAAUACUCAUUUUACUUAGUCAACGAUUUUUUUCAAAUUAAGUGGUGUAUAUUAGUCACAGCCGUCUGAUGCAGCGCUCAGUCAAUUUCGCAAAGUCCAACGGGUAACAACAGAGUGUAUAGUAACAACUGCUCAUUUGCCAAACUGUGGCCACCGCUGUCUUCGCUUUCGCUUAAAUGAACAGGCAACGCGUCGCUGAAACGAUUACAAAAGUAUACAGUGCUUUUUAUUGAAGCUGCUAAUUAAUAUACCCCGUGGAGCCUGUCAACCUCGCGCAUGCAGACAUUGCAAAUAAUUAUAAAUUAUAUAUCAUUUUAAAUCCAGUUGAGUGAAACAGUUAAAUAAAAGCGCUUUAAGGUCAUUACUUACAACAGUCCAGUUAUAUAAAAGUGAUAAGCAAGGCAGCGUACUCACCAAAAAUUCGUACAAUAUGGAGAUGCGUUCGAAAUUGGGCAGCUUCGAGCUGAAAGACUGCAGUGCCGAAAGCGCCGCUGAGCGUUUACUUUCAAUUAUACAUACAGAACCCGUUAAGGUAAAUCGUAAACAUGGGGCCAUUUCAUUUUCAGAAGCUUUAUCACUUACCGGUUUCGGUAAAUUCAAUUACUUCCUCAUCUUCAUAUCUGGCAUGGUUUUGGCCAAUGUGCUAUUGGAGACGGCAGCUAUGGGUUUUAUCUUGCCAAUUGCACAAUGUGACUUAAAUCUAACGAAUCAGGAUAAGGGCGUCUUGAGUGCCAUUAGUUUUGCUGGUAUCAUAACAAGCUCACAUCUGUGGGGCUUUUUGGCCGACACAAAGGGACGCAGACGCGUUAUUAGGCCGACAUUGUUGGCUGGCUUUAUCGUCACACUAUUCUCAAGUUUUUCGCACACAUUUUGGGUGAUGGUGUUGUUGCGGUUCAUCAAUGGAUUUUUCGUCUCUGGCGGUUCGGCUACAAUUUAUGCCUACCUCGGCGAGUUCCACACAGAUAAGACACGUUCGCGCGCGAUGAUGGGCAGCUCAUUUAUCUUCGCAAUCGGCGCGAUGAUCUUGCCAAUGAUUGCCUUCCUUGUCAUCAAUCAAGACUGGGUCUUGCCCUUGCCUUUCUUGGGCAUUGAUUAUAAGCCUUGGCGUUUCUUUUUAAUCGUAUGCGGUAUACCGGGCAUGCUUUGUGGUCUAUCCAUGUUCGCUUUGCCUGAAAGUCCGAAAUUCCUUUUGGCGCAUGGCAGAGAGGCGAAAGCCAUUGAGGUCUUGCAAAAGAUGCAACGUUGGAACGGCGGCACUCAGGAUCUAAAAUUAAAACACAUCCUACCGGAGGAGGAGACACCCGGCUCUAUGAUGCAGCUAAACAAUCAAUCGGCUUCGAAGGAGAAUUUUGCUACCGCCUUUCUGAAGAGCAUGUGGAACCAGACUGUGCCAUUAUUCCACAAACAAUAUAUACGCAUCACAUUGAUCGUUUGCAAUAUGCAAUUCUGGUUGUAUGUGGUGACGAACGGCAUGUAUAUGUGGUUCCCGCAUAUCAUCAACUCCAUGGUCGAGUUCAUGAACGGCCACCCAGGCGAACACAAACAGAUCUGCCAAAUUGUCUACGACAAACAUGAGAGCUUAUAUAAGUCGGAUGGUACAAUGGAAUGCGUUGCUAAAUUAGAGAACACAACAUAUUUUUACUCUUUAAUCAUGGAGAUCUUGUACGCUUCCUCGUUUGCCUUUAUUGGCUUGGUGAUCAACCGAGUCGGCAAGAUAACUAUACUUUUUAUUUCAACAAUAUUCUUCACCUCAUGUGGCCUUGCUGCAGUCUUUGUGGUCGAUCCAUCGAUAGCGGCGUAUCUGUAUGUGCUCUUCUUUUUGGUAGGCGUGGCAAUAAAUGUUUUGGGCGCUGCCACAGUUGAGCUUUAUCCCACACAAAUGCGUGCCAUGGCAAUAUGCGUCUCGCUGAUGUUCGGUCGUUUGGGCAGUGUUGUGGGCGCUAAUAUUGUGGGUGCGAUACUGGCUAAAAACUGCGAACUGACUUUCUACACCGCUUGUAUUGCCUUGUAUGUCUGCGCCUUCCUAGCUCUACUGAUACCACGCCGAACUUUGGCGCCCCCUGCUAAGCCCGUUUUGGAUGAGGCAUAAAUGUGCUAAGUUGUGUGUUAAUUCUUAUUCUAAAUUGCGACUUAAAUGCGGAUAGCAUACUUAACUUCGCAACUACUAUUAGGGAUGAAUGAAAUACUGUUAUAAUAAAUUGUGAUUCUAUGUGUGCGUCUGCGUUUGUAUGAGUGAAUAUUUAAUUAGUAUUUUGUAUGAAAGUGUUUUAUUUAAUUUUUGGUUUUUAAUUUUAUGGUGCUUAUUGAGAUCGUGUGAAAUGCGUGUUUUUAGAUAAAAUAUAUUGAAUGAAACUACAAAUAAAGCAAAAAAUUUAAUAAAAUAAAA